GCGUCGUUGGGCGCUUGUCGCCUUCUCGAAUACUUUUCGAAUCCGAAUUCGAGUCCUCGGUUCGGGAUGUGGCAGCCGCAGUUGCUACUUACGCUUGUAGCGUGCUCAGUUAUUGUCUGUGGUGGCUCUGUUGCACCCAGUGCGGGUCAAUUGCGUCGCAUUUGGUUGCAGGAUCAUUGCAACGCCGGCAUUUGCACUGGCGUUGAGAUUUCACGCAAUGAUUAUGUCAUUUUGUCACAGGCACCCAUUGCCAAGCAAUUGAUGCUGACGUUUAUCAAUUCAAGCAUUGCCAAAAUACCGCAUCUAAUGUUUGACACAUUUCCGGAUCUUCAGCUGCUACGCAUGGAGAACUGCUCGCUGGACACAUUUGAGAAACCGCAAUUCGAGGGUGCCAGCAAUUUGAUGAGCCUCUUUUUGGGUUACAAUCGUUUGAAGGAUAUACCGAAGAAUAUAUUCCUCGGUGCUGAUAAUCUGGCCACAUUGCAUUUGCAGAAUAAUCUGCUUAAGGUGCUGCACAACCUCAGCUUCCAUGCUCUAAAGGAGCUCAAGGAGCUCUCGCUGGCAGGCAAUCAGUUGGAACAAUUGCCGCUAGGCGUGUUUUCAGGUCUGCGCAAGUUGGUGGACCUAAAUCUGGCUGGGAAUCGAUUGCAAGCACUACCACGUGGCAUAUUCGAUAAAAAUUUGAAUUUAACACGCAUCAAUCUGGCGGAAAAUCGUUUUGUGACCUUUGAGUCGGAGCUGUUGAAGUUGCAGUCACAUCUAAUGCUUUUGGACAUUUCUGGCAACAUUAUGCCAGAAUUGACACUGAACUUUUCACUGUUGGAACAAGCCGUGGCACACAGCUGCGAUCUGCGUCGUGUGACCGUCUACGGGAUCGUCAAGGAUUUGGAUGUGCAUAAUAAUUCGCUAUUGGAUAUUCCACACAUUCCAGUGGCUAGUAAUGUGACCAGCUUGGAUAUAUCUCAAAAUCCCUUGGGCAAUUUGCAGGGAAAUCCUUUCAGGCGUUUUACAGCGCUGAUGCGUCUGAAUCUUUCAUCGACCAACACUCAAGAGCUAGCCGAAGGUCUCUUCAAGAAGCAAACCCAACUCCAAAUGCUGGACAUAUCGGCCAAUGGCAUAUACUCUCUAAAGAUCACCAUGUUCGAUAGUCUCAAGGCGUUGCAGUAUUUCUACUUUCAGCAAAACAAUUGGAACUGCGAUUUUCUUCAACUGCUGAUGAGUUCCUUUGUGAAGCGUCGCGAUAUUUCCUUUAUGGAAGAUAUAACUGCACCGGAACUCGUUGAUGAUUAUGUCGAUGGCAUUGCCUGUUGGUACGAGAGCAAUAAGCCUUCGAAGAAGUGCGAUGGCGGAAGUACAGGAAACUCAGACUCGGCUCUCGAGCUAUCCAUAGUGCGGAACGAGAUUAAAGCCUUCACGGAGCUCGUCGAAAAGAAAUUUAUUAAAGUCUAUCGCAUGCUGGAUGAAAUGAAGCUGAAACUCUAAGCAAUAUUACUAAUAUUUCAAAAUAUUAUCAAACAAUAUGUAUUCAAACUAAAUAAUCUAUAUAUCUUAUGGAUAGAUCGCAUAAUGUCUAUCCUAUAUAUUUAAUCGCAUUAAGAACUAGAAUUAAUUGACACAAGCAAGCAACCGAUAGAUAUUUUAAUUAAUGUUACAACUUAUAAUAAAGCGCAAAGCACACUUUGGCAACCAAA